AUGCCUGCCAUCCCUCCAUCGACGACGAUACCCUCAGACCCAGGACAUCACGGUCUUCUCACUGUCCGCCAAAAUGACGACUCAAGGACAUCAUUUACAGCCGUACCAACAGCCUACAAGAGCGCCGAUACCUCGCUCCACCCCGGCGCCGUCGCUGGCAUCGUUCUCGGUUCCGUAGCGGCCUUCCUCCUCCUACUAUACAUCAUCUACAUGCUUCUUCAUCGUGGUCCCGUCGUUAGACCCAUGGGUGACGGUGCAUCCACGGUUGUCUCUGGCUAUCCUAUGAGCACAGUCACAGGCGAUACGUCCACGUACCUAAGUUUCCGAAGCAGAAGGGACCGCAGGCCAAGGAACAGAUCCCGCAGCAGAGGCACAUCCAGAGCUACAUCCAGGUCCAAGAGAACACGGUCUCGCACAACGGUGCAGUCGAGGGACAGGAGCCGUAGGAGAGGAUCUCCUCUCGUCAGCGAGAGCCAGGCCUCGCGCGUUAUCGUCGAUCCACCCGCUCCACGCUUCGUCCAGGACUCGAUGCUUUCAUCCGACAACGAGAUCGUUGUGGAAGAAGAGCACAGCGUUUCUACGCCCCCGCGUCGUUCACGACGACGCAGUCAGGAUCGGUAUCGUCGAGACCCCUUGAUGAGUGACGGAUACCGGUCAUCGAGGGACUACUCGCCAAGAGACUAUUCGCCGCCCAGGAGAGACAGCAGGAGGAGAUAUAGCCGAGAUCGGUAG